AUGUUGUUCAGGAGCAUGAAGCUGUGGCAUGCACUUUGUGGGCUUCUUCACAUCGCACAAGGCCUGUAUCUAGACGUCGCGACAAGUGGAGGCAAUGCUUCGAGCCCGAUGCUGUAUGGAGUCAUGUACGAAGAUGUAUAUCACUCGGGUGACGGCGGUAUGUACAGUGAGCUGAUCCAGAACCGAGCUUUUCAAGGCACCACUGUCCACCUGGACUCGAAUAGACACGUCGUUCCGCCUUUUGAGAACCUUGACUAUUGGCACAGCCGAGGCUCUGACUCGCUCGCUUUGGACAACGAUGCUCCUCUCUUGAGCGAUGCACUGGCCUGGCACAUGCGGGUAGACGUGGACUCAAAUGCAUCUGGGGAUACCGGCUUCUGGAACGAGGGCUACUGGGGCAUGAACAUCACCACUGCCACCCGGUAUGCAGCUAGUUUCUACCUUCGUGGAGACUAUGACGGCGAGAUUCUGGGCGCCUUCUGGAGCAACACGACAAAGUCGAUGCUCGCAAGCACCGUUUUCACCGUCUCGCAGACGGAAUCGGACGGAUGGAUGCUCUAUCAGCAAUCAUUCACAAUCGACAACUCCGCUCCAGACGGAAAGAACACUUUCCAUCUUACAUUCGAUGGUGCCAAAGUUGCCGGAAAGUGUCUGCGCUUCCAGAUGAUCAGCGUCUUCCAACAGUCAUUCGAGAACUCCAACAAUGGCCUACGUAUGGAUCUCGCAGAAGGAGUCCAAGCUAUCGGCGGGAGGUUUCUCCGCAUGCCAGGCGGAAACAAUAUGGAGGGUCAAUCCUCGCCAUACCGUUGGAAAUGGAAUGAGACCAUUGGUCCUAUCAUCGACCGCCGUCUCUUUCCAGGUACCUGGGGAUAUAUCAACACCAAUGGCCUUGGGCUUUUGGAGAUGAUGCAAUGGUGCCUAGAUAUGCAGCUUGAGACUAUCCUUGGUGUAUGGGGUGGCCUGUAUCUCGACAGCGAGGUCAUCGCUGAGGAAGAUCUUCAACCAUAUAUCGACGACGUCCUGAAUGAGUUGGAAUUCUUGAUGGGACCUUCGACAUCAAAGUACGGAGCAUUGCGAGCGUCAUUCGGCUACCCUGACCCAUUCAAGAUCAAAUAUGUCGAGGUUGGCAACGAAGACUAUUUGAAUAACGGGAUCCCGAGCUACGUUGGCUACCGCUAUACCAUGUUUCACGAUGCCAUCAAGAACGUCUACCCGGACAUAAAUGUCAUUUCCUCGAUCUGGAUGGGCUACUUCCCUACCCUCCCCCCUCCCGGCACGGUCCAGGAUCUCCACGACUACCUUUCCGUGGCGGACAUGGUCGGUAAAUUCGGUGGCUACGACCAUGCGGAUCGCAAUUAUCCCGUGCUCGUGGGUGAGUAUGCAGCCAUCUACGACGACCAGCAUCAGAACCCCAAUCAGCUCAAUAAUCCUACUCUGCAGUCUGCGAUGGCAGAGGCGGUGUAUUUCCUCGGUCUUGAACGAAACGCCGACCUCAUUAUUGGCAUUUGCCAUGGAGCGCUGAUUAAGAACCUCCUUCACGAACCGGGCAACGUUGCCAUGAUGAAGCACUCGGCCACUGAGAUUGUCUUCUCGUACAGCUAUUAUGCCGCCAGAAUGUUCGCCAACAACUACGGUUCCGAAACCGUGCCCAUCACAUCUGAUUCCAACUUUGGGCCACUGUACUGGGCAGGGACCAAGGAUGCCUCGCCGUCGGGUAAAUACUACUUGAAGAUUGUUAAUUUCGACGGCGCCUCCUCAACCCCCGUCACCGUCACAAUCGCCGAUAAAUCAAGCCCUGCCAAGCUGAUCACUCUCUCCGGGCCGGAUAAAUAUAGCACAAACACGCUCGGAAGUGUCACCAGCGUCUGGACAGAGACGACCAUCUACUCCAAGAAUGGGACCUACAACUUCACUCUGUCCGGGGAAUACGCCAGUGCCGUAUUGAUUGUAUAG